UCGUCUUUUGGACUAGCCUGAAUUCGCCAAGCAUUUGUCAUCGUGCGACUUGAACAACUGGAAGAGAGACUGGACUGGCGGCACCAGUCGAUCGCCGACAACCAAUCUCCGGCAAUCUCUCUUCGGUUAUCUGCUCUAGAAAUGUUACUUGAUUGCAUGGAUAUAAUGAUUUCGAUUUUGAGUUCUGGGUAGCGCGGAACACAUGUUAAACUUACGAUCUUUCGACUGUGUUAGUGGCUUCUCGCAGCAACUUUUAGCAGCAAGCAAUGGAGAAAAAUGGGAAAGGGUUUUCGAUGCCCAAGUCCUCUCUCAAGUCCACUCCAAGCAAGGAUGAUUCCUCUCAAAAGUCAAAAGAGGGGAGGAAAGUUCAGUUCAACAAUGGAGGCUCUCCUGAAGAGAGAUUUGAUUACUCAAAGUCAAACGGGAAGUCUAGUUCCUCAGCUGAUAAAGGUGGCAGAGGAAACACUGCAAAUGUGAAGGCCUCGAAAUCAAAAGAAAAGGAACCACUUGAGCUUAGGUUAAACCAGGAACUUCUGAAGAAUGCCAAAUGCUUAAUGGACUGUGAGGCUGCAGAAAUCAUACAAGGAAUCCAGGAUCAGAUGACUCUCCUAUCCCAAGAUGCAACCAUCAAACUGCCUGUCUCAUUUCAUAAGGGGCUGCAGUACUCACAGGCUAAUGCUCGUUACACAAAUACCCACUCCUUCAAUGUGAAUGUCUUAACUAAGUUACCCAGUACUCUGAAGAAGCAUGGUGUUGUGGAAGGAGAGAUAAGCGUGAUUGCCAAUGCUUGCCCUGAGUCUACUGAAGAAGUUUUUGCGUUAGUCCCUUCCUUGAAGUCCAAGAAAAGCAUACUGCAGGAACCAUUGGAGGUAGCUUUGAUGGUGAUAAAACCGCUUCGGAAAGUGGACUCAACCUCAGUCUGAUUGGAUUGUGGUACUUUUGUUGGAAGAACUAUGCGGAGAGCAUGUGAGAGCAGCUUUUUGUGGAUUUUGUAGAGGCAGACAAAUUAGUUGAAGGAGAGUAGCAAUGACCAGCCUAACUAAAGCCCUUUUGUUUUCACAGAUGUAGUUGGCAACUCUUACCAAUUACCAUUUCCUGUGUACAUAGCUAUGUGGACAAUGUUAGGUUUGGCGAACUUGUUUGAACAACUAAAAGUCCAUGAAGAAAUGGAAGUUAUGCUAAUUGCUGAAAACCAUGAAAAGUUCC